UAGAGAUAUGAAAUACAGCAAAAUAAUUAGUAGUUUAGUAAAAUCGUUUUAUUAUACAAGUUUGCGAAGAUAAAGCAUCCAGUUCCAGUUCAGUUCGUGUUGAUCGGAGCAGCAGCGUUGUACACUGCCUGGCCAAAAAACGUUGCAUACUCUAAUAUUUCGUUGGACCGCCUUUAGCUAUGAUUAUGUUGUGCAUUCGUCGUAGCGUUGUUUCGACAACCUUAUGCAACGUCACAACAUUUAUUUCCGUCCAGAGUUGCAUUAUUUUUUGGCCGAGAUCUUGUAUUGAUGACAGGAGAGUCGAACCACUCUGUAAAGUCUUCUCCAGCACAUCCCAAAGUUACGGUCAGGACUCUGUGGUGGCCAAUUCAUGUGUGAAAAUGAUUCCUCAUGCUCCCUGAACCACUCUUUCACAUUUUGAGCUCGAUGAAUCGUGGCAUUGUCGUCCUGGAAUAUGAACGUGCCAUCAGGGAGGAAAAAAUCCAUUGAUGGGAUAACCUGGUCAUUCAGUACAUUCAGGAUUCAGAGGACUUUGAUCAUGAACAGCAAAAGGAUUUGCACAAUAUCCCAUCAGUAAAUCUUAACUGUUGAUGUAUUUGCCCUCUUCCAUCCACGAUGAAUCCUUCAAAUAUCUUUGGUAAACCACAAACUGCCUUUCAGGCACAGAGCAACACAGUUCAGACUGGAAACCUGUUUCCGUCCUUUGCCCAGCAGAACACAACGCAGAGUGUUGGCUUUGGACAGCCAUCUGCUUUUAGUCAGCCUGCUUUUGGCCAGCUGAAGGGACAUUCUCCAGCUUUUGGCCAGAUGCCUGCUUUUGGUCAGAGCAGUGGGUUAUCUCAAGGAUUGGGGCAGCCGCCAUCAUUCUCCUCUUUGGGAUCCACCCUGGCCUUUGGGCAGUCAGGUUUGGGUCAGGGUACACUGGGAUUUGGAGUGCCGCCGCCUUCAUAUGCUCAAGCCACAGGACAAACUCCUGUGCCCGCAUGUAGUCAGAGCUCUGUUUUUGGUCAACCAUUUGGAUUUGGUCUUUCAUCAGGUGUUUCCCAGUCGUCGACCAGCUUCAGCAGCUCUGCUACCAACCAGCCCAGAUUUGGUCAGCUUUCUGCCCUCACAGCAACAACAAGCUCCUUGGUUGGGGACAGAACUGAAAAUCCUACUGGUGGCAUUGAUAGCCAGAUUUGUUUCAAGCCACCCAAUGAAGCUGUUUUCAAACCCAUUUUCAGUGCCAGCCCAGAACCUCUCAGCUCAAAGCUGUCUUCUGCUCCAGAACCUUUUGGGACAUCCAAGGAUGUUACUAACAGUAUGGACAGCAAUCCCUCUAGUGGGUCGCUCUUCUCAUGUGUAAAGCCAAGCACUCUGGGUUUCAGCUUCUCCCAGCCAGCAGCAGCUCCCUCUGUGUCACCUUCCAGUGGUAAUGUUUCACAGAAGGAGAUGCUUGGUGGUGGCACCAGUAUUCAGAACAUACAGUUCACUUUCUCUCAACCUGCCAACCCCUCCAGCAGCAGUACCCCUGCUUCUCAGCCCACCACUCCCUCCUCCUUCAGCUUCACUGCAAAGACCCUCCAGCCUCAAGCAGAGACUAAAGUGUCUGCGUUUUGUGGUAAUGCCAUUGGAUCUUUUGCGUUUGGGGCCUCAAAAUCAGAAGCCACACAAAGAUCAGAGGAGAGGGCAAGUGAUGGGCAGAGCAGCGGUAGAGAACCAGUUUUUGGGAGUUUUGGCAUAAAGUGGAAGGAGGAGCUUGCAGAUGCAAAUGCUACACAAGGAAAAACUGCAAAAAGUGAUAGUGCUGAAACUGAAGCAGACAGCCCAAGACGACCAGCUAAACGUCCACUGCUGAGAAUCCGGGGCCCUGCUGGAGGACUCUUCCGUAGUGCAAUGUCUGAACUUAUGAGAUCCAAAGUCAGCCCAGUCAAGAGAGAAGAUCAUCCACCAGACAGACCAGAUCCUCCUGGUCCAGUUAACGAUGUACCCCCUGCACCUUCUAGAUCUCAGGCUCCUGUAGUUUUGAAAAAAGCAGAGGAAAUUUCAACUGAGGCUGAAUCUAAGACAUACUCUCUAGGCAGACGUGCUGUUCGCAAGGAGAGCACAGACAGUUUGGCCGGUCUAUCCCCCACAGAUGCCACUGUCAUCCAGUGUAAGGGAAUACCACCUAACCUUAACAGGAAGGAUCUCAUAACAAAGCAUUUUGGCAACUUUGGGAAAGUGCAGAAAGUGUACUGCCGACCUCAGAAGAACCUAGCCAUUGUCCAUUUCCAAGAUCAUGCAUCUGCAGCCAAAGCCAAAAAGAAAGGAAAGCUUUUCCAGAGGAAUGAAAUACUUAUAUUUUGGCAAAGAAAAAAACAAAGUCCAGGUGAAAAGGCCGCAAAAGAGGUCAAAGAUGUGAGUGGGAAGACAGAGUCUGGGGCUGGAUUUUUGCAGUCCUCACCUAAUCGCAAGCAUCUUCUCAAACCAGUGACCAUUAGCAACACUAGCUCUCUCAUUAAAGGCUCUCCUAUUAAGAAAUCCACUGUUGCUAAAACUCUCCAGUUUGAUAGUGAGGCACCAGUAGAUUCGAUUUCAGAGGAGCCGAGUGUAGACCGUCCUGUAAGCAACCUGCCCUCAGUACUUCAGCCUCUAAUUAGUCAGGUGGCUGAAACAGCUGAAGAGAGGUACCGCCUCCUAGAGCAGAGAGACAAGAUCUUACGGCAAGCUCGGCCCAAAAGAACUGACCUGGACAUGACAAAAGUGUUUGUGGGAACGUGCCCUGAUAUGUGCCCGGAGAAAGAACGGUACAUGAGAGAAACACGUAACCAGCUGAGCAUCUUUGAGAUUGUCCCUGAUACAGAGAAGGUGGACCAUUUUGCUGCCAUCAAAGAGUAUAGCAGGUCAUCAGCUGAUCAGGAAGAACCUCUUCCUCAUGAGCUCAGACCACUUCCUGUGCUAAGCAUGACUAUGGACUACCUGGUGACUCAGAUUAUGGACCAGGGUGAGGGCAAUUACCGUGAUUGGUAUGACUUUGUCUGGAACAGAACCAGAGGAAUUCGCAAGGACAUUACCCAGCAGCAUUUAUGUGAUCCAAUGACGGUAUCACUCAUUGAGAAAUGUACCCGUUUCCACAUUCACUGCGCCCAUCACCUGUGCCAGGAACCCAUGAUGUCUUUCGAUGCAAAGAUCAACAAUGAGAAUAUGACAAAAUGCCUGCAGAGUUUGAAGGAGAUGUAUCAAGACCUUGCCACCAAAAAGGUGUACUGCCCUAAUGAGGCGGAGUUCCGACAAUACAACGUGUUGAUUAAGCUCAAUGAUGGAGAUAUUCUUCGUGAGGUGCAGCAGUUUCGUAAAGAGGUACGAGAGUCUCCAGAGGUGGUCUUUGCGGUGCAGGCCUUUGCUGCACUCAACAGUAAUAACUUUGUUCGGUUCUUCAAACUGGUGAAUGCAGCUUCCUAUUUGACCAGUUGCAUACUUCAUAGGUACUUCAAUCAGGUGAGAAGAAAGGCACUGAAAAUCCUCAAUGUGGCCUUUACUGUUGGGUCACAGAGAUCCACCAUUUUCCCAAUUGAGGAUUUUGUCAGGAUGCUCAUGUUCCGGAAUGCCACUGAAGCCUCAGACUUCAUUCAGCAGUAUGGCCUUAGUAUCAGUGAUGGCAUGGUAGAACUAAGUCGGACAGCCUAUCAGGAGCCAGAUACCCUGCCGCAGAAGAAGUCAGUGGCCAUAAAGAGGAAGAGAACUGUGCUGAUUGGGGAGGUGGUGAGCGGUGGACCGCUGCCUAACCCGCCCCAGCACUCCCCUGUUUGCAGCUUUGACUCCAACAACAAGUACACUGGAGAUGGGCUCUCUCUAGAGUCUCCACAAGCUGCUCUAAAGGCUUGUCCACAGAGGCAGGAGUUGAAGCAUUUGAUAGAGCCUGACUCCAGGCCUCUGGUGAAACCCAGGCUGCUGGCUGAACCCCGGCUGUUUGUGGAGCCCACAUACAUGGCAGAUCCUGUGAAACCCACAGACACGGAAGAAACUGGAGAGAAAUCUGAUACAGCAGAAUCCACUCUGCCUGUGGUGCCGCAGGGGCUAUUCCAACCCAUAGCAGCCCCACAGCCAGCUCGACCCCCAUCGCCUCUGCCCAAACCAGAACCAGUCUACAUGGAUCAGUCUCUAGAAUUUACUCAGAAUGGCGCCAAAAACAAAAAACAUCUAGUGAGUGGCAGUUCUGCAGAUGGAAACGCCUUGUUGAUGAGAGAGGUCCACAGAGAAUGGCCAGACUGGUUCGAACUGACAAAGUCUACGGUAACUCAGAUAACCACUCUAUAUAAUUGUGGUGAGAAGAAUAGAAUCUCAGAAUGCUAUUAUGAGAUGUGGGUUGGCGCUGUUUUGGCAGCACGAUAUGACAAAUACUACCACUUGAUGUUCUUAUCUUCCAGGCUUACGUUAGAGGAGAAAGCUGCUUUUAUUGCUCAUUGCUCAGAGGAGGAGUGUACCAGUAUAUUAGAGGAGACUCUAGCUGAGGAGUUGGUCGUGAUGGCACACGAGAUCCUGGAUAAUGAGUUGAGAUUCAUCCGCAAGUUCAUUAAGAGGUGGCGUGACGUGGUAGCCGUGCGUCAUCAGCUGAAGAGACAGAUGCGUGGUUUCCCUGCUGCUCCAGGCUGUGUGGAUCCACGGUUCAAAUUGAAGGCCCUUGUCCCCAGUGCCCCUUCCAGCCCCUCUCUGGACCUCCUGGCUCAGGGGAUGGUUAACCUGGGCAACUCUGGGAACAUGGCAUUUUCCUGCACAAGAUUGCUGCAAAUGAGACAAGAAACAGUUCAUCAAAUGAAAGUGUCCUUCUACUACAAUCUCUUAAUGAGUGAAUGUGUAUGGAGACCUCUUGACCUGCCAGCACUUGUGGCAGAAAGCACUCCUAAUGCACCUGACAGAAUCUUCUGGAAAGCCACUCUUUUGUUGCCAAGCCACUGCGAUAGAGAUACAAGCUUUGCCAGCAGCAUUCUGACAGACUGGCUUGAGGUGAAAUUGGGUGGAGGAAAUAGAACUGAAGAGUGUGAGAAAGGACAACUGCAAACACUGUGCAUCAGUCACAGCCUGACAGAUGUUAGGGAAAAGACUCACGAUGUUCACAUCUCUAUAAAGGCAUGUCAUGGGCCCCUGAGCGCAGAAGAUCAGUGUCUGCUGGAGGAACAGAAAGAACUCCAUGGUACCAAUGCUCUGCUGAUGCUACUACCCCCUAUACCCAGUACCGGAGAGGGGCAAGAGGAGGAUGUGACCCUUCUGUCUGCCCUCCUCCAGCUGAGGCAGGUGCAGCAGGCCAGCUGCUGGCACUCUCCUGUACCCCUGGUUGUGGUGGUGCCUGGCAAAGAUGAGGGUAGUACCAGUGACUGGGGUUUGGAGGAAGUACUCAUGUUGAAUACGUUCGUCAAAGAUGGUCUCAUCUCUGAAUACAUCUUCAUCCAUAUACCAGCAAACCUCACUGACCUGCAAGGCUCAGAGCAGAUAUGUCAUGUGGUGAGGUGGCUUGCUGCCCGCUCUCCCACCGGCCCAGCUCUCUCCUCUCAGACCCUGCUGCAGGUUGUUGAGUUAGGCCUGUGCCGUGAGUUCCACUUAAGACUCCACCGAGACAAGCAGGACAGGAAACAUGCUGAUCUUCCGUCUCAGCACCCAGAGCCUAUCAUUCAGCUUUGUAACAGCGUGCUGAGUUUCCUGGCAGGAGUAGUCUCAUCUGAGCACCUGUCCGUCCUCUGCUGGCCACCUCCAGAAUUCUCUCUCCCUGAGAACAUGGAGCUGAUUCCUCAUCAGGCCUGGAACACUCCAGAACACCUGGACUGGCUGAGGAGGGCCAUCCUCAGUCGGCAACUUCCUGAGUGGGAUCUGCCUCCCGUUAGUGCCACAUGGCCACAUUUAUGUGCCUUUAUAUUCAAGUAUGUAUCCCAGAUUCCCAGCUCACCCCUAAGCCAACCCAUUCUAAUAUCCUGCCUGGAGAACCUGCUUAGAAGAGUCAACUACCAAUACUGUCAUGAGAACGGUGCAGAUGAGGAUGACUAUGAGAAGAUUGGACCAUCCUUUGAUGAUAUUCCCUGGGAUGAGAUCAUAUGUCUAUGUGUGGAGCAUCGUAUGAAGGACUGGAUUUUAGAUCCUCUUGUGGCAGAAGAUGCUCUCACGGGUGAUGGUGAGAUUUUCGUGUACUUCAACAAAGAUAGCCUGAAGUGUUUCAGGCCCCCUGACAGUUGGAUGGAGGCUGUGAAACAGACCAACCAGGAGAAACAACAAGUGUCUAAAGUCAAUCUGCCCACCAAUGCAGACAGACAUCUCCCCAAACAGAAGCUGUUUCAGAGUCAGAUAGACAUGGAGGAACAGCUUUCUGUUCCAGACCCUGGACACAUUCCUAUAGAGCAGCGAUUUGAUCACAUUCUCUCUUCCAUUCGUGAGAUGAACGCAGAGGGAAAGAGGACGAGAGACCAAAUGCAGUGUUGGAUUGAAGCCGAUCCUUUGGACUCUGCCUCUGUUUUUUCUUUUGCUCUUCCCUCCACUGUCCUCUCUACGUCUCCUCUGGUCACGACCUCCUCCCGUAAACACUCUGGCACGGUCCACAUACAGAAGGAAAUGGAAAGAGUUGACCCUGUUGGGAAGAUAUCAUCUCCUUGCAAAAACAACAAACCCUUUGCUCCAAACAGCACACACACUCCCUUAAUGGAGCGACUGCAAAAUACUCUCUCUACUGUUCAAGAGAUGAACGCUGAGCACCAGAGGAUUGGAGAUCAGAUUCAGAGUCGGAUUGAAGCAGACCCUUUGUGCUCUGCCUCUUUUCCUCUUUUCCUACCCUCUACCAUCCUCUCUACGCCUCCUCUGGUCAUGAACCAAUCUUGCAAGCGCUCUGCUGCUGCUACCUUCCAUACACAGGAAAUGGAAUCAGAUGACUCAGUUGAGAAGAUGGCAUCUCCUUGCGAAAAAAGCAGACCGGUAUUUUUUUUACAACGUCUGCAGGACUUGAAAAGAGAGCUGUCAAGUCAACAAGAGGAGGAGCGUGUGUGUGGUCUCAAACUGAAGUGUCUUGUAGAUAUUGUGGAGGACUGAAGGUGUUUCUGUUUUACAGCAAAUGCCAAAUGCCAUAGUACUUCCCAAUUUGACAGAAGUAUUUUAUUUGUCUGAUUUUGAUCUUUACCUUUGUAAUAUUUUUGACUAUUAAAAGAGUUUGCUAAAGUCAUGUGCCUCCAUUCUAGGGCUGCAACAACUAAUCGAUAAAAUCUUUAAUUAUCGAUAAUGAAAAUCAUCGACAACAUAUUUCAUUAUCGAUUAGUUGGAUAUAUGCAACCAGCAUGGAGAAGCUCCGCCAGUGAUGUCACUUCACAGCCAAGUGAAAAAUGUGUUGCAUGAUGAAACUUGUUUGUAAAAUGACGGAGACAAAUUGAAGUGGAAAAAAAGCAACCCAAGAUGUCCAGCGCACAAGAGCACUUUAUAAACACUUCAAAGAAGAUCAUAAUAAGCAUACAGUUUAAUGUGGAGCAGUUGCUGCAUCAAGUGCGUUGACGGAGUGCUUGUGCUGUUUGAUGCACGAGAGUUGUUUCUCUCCAGAGCAUAACUUACAUUUUAGAGCUAUAUUUCAUGUUUUAUAAUGUAUACGUUAUGAAUUCAAAAUCAGCCGCGUAUUUCAAAAAACUGUUUUUGCCACAAGCGAGUCUCCGUUAAACGUCUUGGUUAUGUACGUAACCUCGGUUCCCAGAGACGAAGGGAACGAGACAUUGCGUUUAUUAACGCAUAUGGGGAGUGCCUUCUUACAUAACCUAGUUGAAACCUCUCAACAAUAAUGGCAAUAUAUUAAUAUUGGCUAUGGUGUUUGAGCCCCGCCUGUUUUUGCGCAAAACUGUCCGCAAUAAAAACAGGUACACAAACACCAUUUCUUCAGGAGCGCAUUGCUUGUGCCUCAAGAACUCUUGAGUCUUGUAUUAUGGCUAGUAUUUGCAAGGUCUUUUCCCCUUCGUCUCAGGGAACUGAGGUAACGUACAUAACGGAGAUGUUCCCUUAUGACUCCGUACACUUGACAUUGCGUUUAUUAUUGCAUAUGGGGAACAGAAUCCCAUCACGCCGCACUACACUACAUAACCUUCCAGAAAGGAAGCAUGACGCCGCAGCCUUUUGGGACAGCAACCGACAUAAAUAUGCUGCAGUGAGUGACCCUCGUGUUGGGCCAGGAUGGGCGCAAUCAGAAUGAAUAUAUGAACUAUAAUCAUAUAGUAUGAAUUAACUCCUUCACGAACCCAGUCGGGAAGGGAGUUUAUUUAUAAUGUAAGUGCUUGUGACUUAUGGUAAAUUACAACAGCCUGAAUGCAGGCGGUUGUGUAGAAUGAUGGGGAGCUCGUCCUUAAAGGGAGGAGCAUAAGUAUAUAUAUUUGGCCAAUGAUUAGCAAGCGCUCUAAACAGAGAGGACUUGUUAAGAGAGAGACGUUACGUCUAGGUUUGUAAACCUUGCAAAUGUGUUUUGAGAAGACCAUCCUGCUGCAAAACAUGUCUUGUAAGGACACACCAUUCGUCUAUGCCCAUGAGGAGGCCAUGCCUCUAGUAGUGUGUGCUUUAACACCAAUUGGGCAAAUCAUACCCUGCCACUCUUAAGCCGGGGCAAUUGCAUCGACAAUCCAGUGAGAAAGUCUUUGCUUGUUUACGGACAGUCCUUUACAAAGAGCUGAUCGGACAGUCUGAACUGGCGUGUAUGCUCAACGUAUGCGUGUAGAGCCCGCACAGGGCAUAACAAAUGCAAUGAUUGUUCCUCAUCCAAAUUAAAUGGAGGAGGGAAGAAUGCCUAAAAGUGAACCACCUGCGCUCUGAAGAGCGUGGUUAGGACCUUAGGCACAUAGCCUUUUCUGGGUUUGACAGUGGCUUUUGAAAGACCAGGGUCAAACUCCAGAUAUGAAUUGUCGAUUGGUAGUGCAUGCUGGUCACCAACCCGUUUUACUGAGGCCAGAGCCAGCAGUAGUGCGGUCUUAACGGAGAGCAUGAGCAAAUCAAUAGAUUCCAAAGGCUCGAAGUGAGGCCCUGUGAGAGCUUUUUGGACUAAAGUUAAGUCCCAAGACGGGACUGUAGCCCGGCGAGGUGGGAUUAAUUGUCUUGCUCCUUUAAGGAACUUUAUGAUUACAUCAUGCUUGCCUACAGAAGUGCUGGCAUCAUGUGCGUGAUAUAGAUACAGAUAUAGCUACCACAUACACUUUUGAGUGUUGAUGGAGUGAGUCCUGCGUCUAAUUGCUCUUGAAGAAAUAUGAGAAUUUCGUGUAAGGGGCGGUUUACUGGGUCUUUGCCAUGUGAGAGACACCAAUCAGUGAACACCUUCCAUUUUAGCACGUAGAGGCGUCUCGUGGACAGUGCUCUGGCCUGUAAAAUGGUGUUCAUGACUGAAUGUGUCGGUUCUGGCGCUUUUAGUGCGCUCCGUUCAAGGGCCACACAUGCAGGUUCCACAGCUGGGUCUGGGGAUGCCAGAUUGUGCCUUGCACCUGAGAGAGGAGAUCCCCCCCUCAGUGGCAUUUCCCAUGGCGAGCUGCACAGCAUCUCUUAUCAUUUCUGGAAACCAUGGCUGGUUGGGUCAUUUCGGCGCAACCAAUAGAAUUGUUUCCUUGUCCUCUCUGACUUUGCAUAUGACAGAGUGAAUCAGGCAUACCAGGGGAAACGCAUAUUUGCAUUUCGCCGGCUAUUUGUGUGCCAUUGCAUCUGCUCCCAGCGGGGCUUGUGACUUCGAGUGCCAGAGGGGACAGUGGGUAUUCCCAACUGAGGCAAAUAGAUUGAUUUCUGCUUUGCCGAAUAUUUUCCAAAUCCUCAAUACAGUCUCCAUUUGCCCGGUAUCACCCCUUGGCGUGACAGUAGGUCAGCGCCGUAAUUUAGGCGGCCUGGGACAUAUGUCACUCUCAGGGAGAUGGGAUGAUGCUUGCUCCAUAGGAGGCGGCAACACAUCAGUCUCAACAGUGGCGGUGAAUGAAUUCCGCCUUGGCGGUUUAUGUAUGUCACAACUGUCAUGUUGUCUGAGCAAACCAGGACAUGACAGUUCGCUAUUUCUGACUGAAAAGCCUUUAAGGCUAGAAAUACAGCCGAUAGCUCUAGGCAGUUGAUGUGCCACGCUUUCUUCACCCCUGUCCAGGUGCCGAAAGUCGGGCGUCCAUCGCACACCACCCCCCAACCUGUGUUGGAAGCAUUCCACCUGACAACUUGCCCCAGUGCGACACCUCGCUGGUAAAAUGCAGGAACUGUCCAUGGUGCUAAAGCAGCUAUACUGCGCCGGGAUAUAGUGAUGUGCAUGCGCCAAGCAAGUUGUGGCACACGGAGCUUCAGCCAACAUUGAAGAGGUCUUGAGUGGAUGCCGCUGCCAUAAAUCCCAAUGCUUUCUGAAACAGCUUCAGUGGAAGUGUUCUUCCCAGUUUGAACUGAGACAGACACUGUAGAAUGGCCUGAACACGCUUGCUUGUGAGGUGUGCGCCCCCGCUCGUGGAGUUGUGGCAGAGUCCCAAAAAGGAGAUUUGUUGGCUGGGGGAAGAGCGUGCUCUUUGCCCAGUUCUAAUUGAGGCCCAAGCUGUUUAGACGCUGAAGCAGUAAGUCUCUGUGCUGGCAUAACAGAGCCUCUGAUUGCGGCAGUAACAACCAAUCGUCGAGGUAGUUCAAGAUGCGCAUGCCGCUCAGUUUCAAAGGGGCGAGAACCGCAUUGAUGCACUUUGUGAACGUGCGAGGAGCCAGAGACAGCCCGAAGGGCAAGACUUUGAAUUGAUACGCUGUUCCCUCGAACACGAAUCUCAAAAACAUCCUGUGAUAUCGUACAAUUUGGAUAUGAAAGUACACAUCCUUCAGAUAUAUCGAUGCAAACCAAUCAUGUGGGUGUACAUGCGAUAAGAUCCGUUUCUGAGUAAUCAUUUUGAAUGGCGCUUUGUGAGUGUGAUCAGAUCCAGGAUUGGCCGAAGCCCACCGUCUUUCUUUAGGACAUGAAAAUAACAGCUGUAAAACCCUUUUUGGGCUUGACAAUUUGGCACAAUCUCUGACGCUUUUCUCUAAGGAGAUUGUGUAUUUCGGCUCGUAACAGUGGUGCAUCUUCGGACGAAACUGUGGAACACAAAAUGCCGUUGAAACGGGGUGGCCGGCGUGCAAAUUGGAUCGUAUAACCAUGUUCGAUCAUUUUUUUUUUUUUUUUUUGCACCCAUUCUGAAAUACUCGUUAGGGCUCGCCACUCCUCCACGUAACGGGACAGAGGGCAAUUUGGUUUAUGUAUGAUAAAAUAUGUCGUUCACUAUAGGGAAGCGGUUGCGCAUAAUGUGUGCUUUGAAGAGAAAAAGGGGCUCUUUAUUGAGAAUGUGUGAGCAUCUCGUACAUUUGCAACAAAAGCUGUAUUCUUUUUUUGCACUUAUUGCAUUUUUUAGUGCAUUUAUUUGAGUGCAAGACACAGGAACAACAUUUUGAACAAUAUUGUGAACAACAAUAUUUCUUACCCGACAAACAGUAGUGGGAAGAUAGGGAACAGUGUUUGUGUCUCCAGUCGAGCCUUUUUUGGAGCAGACCCGUAGGGAACUGCAGGCUCUGCUUUCCGCUUCAAAGGGCUGUGCCCAUCAGGAGUGCUUUUGCUGCACGUGCUGAUACGCAUGUGCUGGUGAGGCAGCAGGUAUGGGGCUUUUAGUCAGGUGCUGGCUCGAAACAGAGCAAGGGCAACCGGCUGUGAUAUACUCCGUUUAGGCAUAAAAUGUCUUAUAGCCUGUGACUGCUGCUGAUUCGCGACAUAACGCUCAGCAAACUUAUUCACAGAAGUGCCAAAGAGGCUGGCUGGAGACACUAGAGCAUCCAACAGAGUGGCUUUUCCUUAUCACUUAUUUUUGUGAGGGUCAGCCAUAUGUGUCGAUCCAGAACUGCCAGGUUGCCCAUGGAAUCACCGAUGGCCUGCGCAGUGACUUUCAUGGCAUGCAACGCUAAGUCUGUAGUGGUGUGUAGCUCUUUGAAUGUCUCUGGAUUGAAGCCGUGCUCGUCCAUUUGCUUGAGGAGCUUGGCUUAACCAAUUUCUUCCCCAUGAUCUACAUUAGAGAGGAUGGCGUUACUGCGCCGAGAAGGGCGUGUGCCAGGACUUAGACAGUUCCUUAUGAACUUCAGGGAAUAUUGGGGCAGAUUUGUGGGACGCUGCUGUUUGACUGCGUCCGGACUGCAGGAACCAUUCAUCGAAGCGAGACUGUUCAGGUUAUUCUGGGGGAGACCACUCAAUGUGAAGCUCUUCAGCUGCCCUAGUAAGAACACAGAGCAUCUCUUUUAGUGGCACUUGCACGUUCCUCGCUGGGGGGAGGGUCAGCAGCAUCAUCCACUGACCACUCGCCUGAUGCAGCGACAUUAUUAUUCCCAGUGUCAGAACCAAUGAACGAGACUAGGCCGCCCACUCUUUCAGAAGGCCAGAGCUCGUCUCGCACAUAGCGUAUCGGAAAACAUGCACUUUGUAGAGAUUGAGGGGCACGCGGGGCGUGUGGCGCCACGAGGACCACCUUAAAGUCAUCCUGCUCGAACUCGCAGUCACACCGUGCCUCCUCGUGUGAAUCCUCGGGUAUCACAGAAGAGGCAGGUGGGAGGGCGGAUGAGGCUGAAUCGUCCCUCAGAACGAGGGUGAUUCGUGAGCGAAGCGUCCUGAGACUCAUGCCCUCACAGUGAGGACAGUCUGUCUCCAUGUGAGCUGUCUCUGCGUGGGCACGGCCCAGACAGUAAAUGCAGCUCUCAUGCUGAUCUGAUGGCGGAUGUGCCUUAUUGGGACUAUAAAGUUUGCGUAAGUAGACGUGUUGGGAGGGAUAUGGCUAUUGAAAAUGUAACAUUUUAAUUUAAUUCUGCUCAAAUGAACUAAAUGACUUGAAUAAAUAUUCGUUCAUUUUGCUGAAAGAGACUCAAAGUUUCAAGUCAGUAAAAUGAUCCGAUCUUCCCAUCACUAGAAGGAAGAAAUUCUGAGGAAAUGGUGUUUGUGCACCUGUUUUUAUAGCGGACAAUUUCGCGCCAGAACAGGCGGUGCUCAAACACCAUAGCCAAUAUUAGAAUAUUGGCGAUAUUGUAGAGAGGUUUUAACUAAUUUGUUUAAGAAGGCACUCCCCAUAUGCGUUAAUAAACGCAACGUCAAGUGUACUGAGUUGUAAGGGAACUUUACUGAGCAAGCAAGCGUGCGCAUCUGUGUCAAUGAAGCCGAUCGCAAUGGAGAAAGGGAGCGCAAUUAUUUUGAACUUGUGCAAUAUCAUACCGCGCUUUAAGUUUCAAAAACUGAAUGGAUGUCAUGGUCAUGUGUGCCGGUUUUUGAAAUGUUUUAGAUCGUUUCUCAUCAUGUAAUCACAUGUAUGAGAUUUGUGGGAAGCAGAAUGUUUGACAUGUAAAGCUGGCACUUAUGUGUCAGUUGCUAAUAAAGGUGCAAGUGAUUUAGAAGCACACAUUAGCUCAGCAAAGCAUAAAGGGUCAGCAAAAGGUUAUCAGGUAAAUUAACGGACCAGGGUAAAAGGUAAAUUACUUUUUGUGACCAGAUAAAAUUAUCACACUGGUUCAUUUUGCAUGGCCAUUCAAAAUAAUAGUAAUAGUAAAUGAAGGUACACUCAUGGCAUCAAAUAUUUUAUUUUAGUACAUGGACAUUCAAAAGAAUGUUGGAAAUUUUUAUUUAUUUAUAUAUAUUUGUUAUGCUAAUAGAGUGUCUUUUUCAGUGUAUUAAGUUUGCAUUCAUAGUAACACUGUUUUGAACACUUGAUUUAUGAACAACUGAUCUGCAUUAUAUAAAUUUGUUAAUGACUUGAAAGGUAUAAUAAAGUGUUUAAAAAAUAAAAAUAGAUUUUUAAAAAUCUAUUAUUAUAUGUUGAAAUUAAAGCUGUAGUACAGUAUGUAAUUUCUGCGCCAUUAGUGCCACCAAAUGUAAUUACAAAAAUAAACCUUGUUUUCAAAACUUU